CUGACACCGGUGUACUUCAUCACUAUAGAGUCAGAUGACUCCGCUAAACUUCCUGUCUUUACAGUGUAGCAUCAGUUUGUGAAAUAAUGACGGACAUAUGAGGCUCGUACCUGGAAGGAGAGGGAGACAGGACGAUACUUUGUCUGUGGCAUUUACAGGAUUUGCGCUAUCACAAAGGGUUGUGCAGUAUUUGUUUUGCAAGAGUUUUUCUACAUCAAGGCUGAGCCAUGUCUUCCUCAGGUGGCCAGAAGACUUCCCUGCGCCAAUUUUCCCUCUGUUGCAUCAUGGUGGCAUGUUGUCUGGUCCUUUUCUUUAUAUACUACAAGCCUGAUAUCAAGCUUCCCACUCUAGGCAUUUACAAAACUUGUCCGACAGUAAUUUGUGCAAAGACAGCACAGGACCAGGACUCAACCUCAAACUGUUCAUCAGAGCAGCACCUCAAUACACCUCAGAGUGACACCAAGAAGACCCAGGUUGCAGCAGUGGAUGCUGAGCCCGACACUGUUCUGUUAAUCUGGAUGUGGCCAUUUGGCUUCAAGUAUGAUCUCAGCUGCAGUAUAUUCAAUAUCACAAGAUGCCACUUGACAGACAACAGGUCUCUUUACAACAAAUCCCACGGGGUUCUCUUCCACCACAGGGACAUUCAGGGAACAGGCUUACCAAAAGAGCCACGUCCUUGGUUUCAGAAAUGGGUGUGGUCAAAUAUGGAGUCACCUGCAAACUCAGCUCCAAUCCCCGCAGUUGACAACGUGUUCAACUUGACAUGCAAUUAUCGCCUCGAUUCAAGCAUUCCUGUGCCUUAUGGGUAUUUGGUGCGAAUAACAUCUGAGGAUGAGAAAUUCAAACUGCCAAAAAAGAACAAGUUGGUCUGUUGGGUUGUGAGCAACUGGAAAACACAGUACAAAAGAGUUCAGUACUACAAUGAACUGAAAAAUCACAUCAAUAUACAAGCUUUUGGAAAUGCUUUUGGUCAACAUCUAAGUGAUCAAGACUACACAGAUAUAGUAUCUAGUUGUAAAUUCUACCUCUCCUUUGAAAACUCUGUUUACAAAGACUAUAUCACUGAGAAGUUAUACAGUCCUAUGAAGUUAGGAAGUGUACCAAUAGUUCUGGGCCCUCCAAGACAAAAUUAUGAGGACCAUAUUCCACCUGACUCUUUCAUUCAUGUCAGUGACUUUUCCACUCCAAAGGAGCUGGCAGAGAGGUUAUUUUACCUCGACCAAAAUCAUACUGAAUACAUGAAAUACUUCAACUGGAAAAACAGGUAUAAAGUUCAGAUGUCUUGGUUUGGCAAAGAACACGCCUGCAAAACGUGUAGUUACUUACAAAAAAACAGAGGAUACCAAACUAUUCACGGUCUUAACAAAUGGUACUGGGGUUAAUAACACUGAUAACACGAGAAUAAGGUUUCAUCUAAAGUGUCUCCGUUUUCUACAGACAAAACUGACAUUAUAAUCACAAUGAAAUUCUGCAUGUUAUGGUUUUAAUUAAUUUCUUUGCUGAGGGUGACAUAAUACACUGAAUUGUAAUAUUAGUUGUUAGAUAUAAGUUAUGGAAGGUUUUCACUCUUGUCAUAUAAUAAUAUAAUAAUAUUAAAUAAUUUGACAUUGUCUUUCAUGGCUGGAAUUUUGUUUUGCUUGUUCACAAUACUGUUUCACAAAACUUGAGGUGAGAGCUAAUAUAGAUCUUUAUGUGUGCAUCUGUCAUGUGCAAUGACAUCUGUUAUUUUUUUGACCACUUAGUAUUGAUUUGAUGUCAAAAAUGUUCAAAAUUUCAUGUCAAAUGAAAUCCAGGCUAUCAAGAAUCAAGAAUUUUGUUUUCAUCAAGAGGUAUUACUAUCAGGAAUUUGAAUUGAAUAAGAAUUUAAUUUCUCAAAUAUAAAUAACCAUUGAAUGAAUAUCAUACAUUCAGUUUAUAUAUCAUGUCAUAUCAGAAACUGCACCAGAAGCAUCAGUUUGUGAUUUACAUAAUGGUAUUACAAAUAAUAUUACACAUUCAAAUUGAUUUUAUUAUUAUAUAUAUUUAGCAUUUGUGUUAAAACACUCAAGCAAUGCAUCUGGUUUGUCCAGUGUUAUUGUUAUGUA